GGGAAAACGUUGGUCCAUCAGCCUGCCGGACCGGUAUUGUAGGUGCCUCCCUACCAUAGCUUGGUUCGCGGAGUGGGUCACCUUGUCAGUAUAGCGGACGAACGUUUACGCCCUAGCGCUUUGCAACAACUUCACAACCAGUAGCUGAAUAAUGGAUGGACUGGAAAGCGCAUCUGACAACGAGGUGAUGGACCUCGGCCAGCACGCGGAUCAGCCAGCCGGAGAUGCACCGUCGUGGACUGACCCUUCUAUCGACAUGGGUCUCACAGCAGGGGCUGGGAAAGCGAAUGGGACGGCUGCUGGCAGCCAGCACGACAAGCACUCUGCAACUCCAAUGGGGCUAGCGCCGCGGGCGGCGUCCGCUGGUUUUUCACCCCUACGAACGGCAAAAGGACGGCCAGUCGCACGAUCUACCUCGCCGGCCCCACGCUCCCAGGCGCUUCUGCAAGCCCUGGCUACGGGCUUACCGCGGUUACGAAGCUUCGUCGAGGGCAAAACUUCCCAGACGCAUGCAUCGCUCUCGGCUUCGAAUUCCUCAUCGUGUCUGUCACAAGAUGUCAACAUGGACACAGAUUCUUUGGCAUUUGCUCGGACCACUGCCCCGCAAACUUCUCAGCCGAAUAACCAUCAAUCACAGCUUCAUUCGGCGCUGGACCUUGAAUCUACGCAGGACACGUGCGAUACAGAUAUGGUGGAAGAUCCAGCCGAGGCGAGAGUCUUUGAUGUCGCACACAUGUUCGUCAACAGCCCUCACGAAUCUUCAUCCGUCUCCUUUGGAAGUUCGAACACGACUUCCGUGAACAAGGGAAUGAACUCCAGCCAGUCGCUGCAACAGAAUGCACUGCACCGUCAGAGCAUGUUUGUUCCCGGGCAACCGCAGGAGCAUGUGUGGCCACCCACUUCCUCGAAGAGGACAUCGUGGAUGACACGAUCUCCUGAUGCCGGCUUGUACUGUGUCUCCUUACCGUCGGAAACUGCUCUGCAAACGGAAGCAGAGGUUCCCUUGGCAUCAGCACUUGCCGCGGAGGUGAUUGCUAAUGAUGCCUACGAAACCGAGGAACAUCAUCAAAUGGAUGUAGGCGACCUCAUCGAUGAGCUUACGCAGAAUGCCAUGUGGAUUGAGGACGGGGCUAUGUUGGUGGAUGACGACGUCGAGCAGGUUCUCGACGGGCCAGCGAACGCAGAUGCUUCCACUGUCUCCAUAUCGUAUAGACACGUGAAGGAUCAGGGACGGAUGGAUGUUGACGGUUGGACAGCUUCUGAGACCACUGGUCAUGAAGAGCUGCGACGAAAGCGAUCUCUCGCAGGCACCUUACCAGCGGAGGUCCUCUUCCAGAUUUUCAGUUACUUUGAUCCGACGUCGCGCGAUUCCACGUCAGCCUUCCUGUCGCCAGCAUCGACUGUAGCAGCUCUCAGAGAAUGUGCAAUGGUGUGCCGGUGGUGGAACCGUCUUGCUACCUGUGUUCUCUGGCGGCGUCCGCUCGUCUUUGACGCUGCCAGAUUCGAGAAACUUGUGUGCGUCGCCGAGACGGCCGACAAGGCCCACAGCCAGCUGGAGCAGCCGAAAGCAGGCGGCUCCGACAAUUUGGAAACGCGGGUGACGUCGACCACUUUAUACCCGGACUUGAUCCAGCACCUUUCACUCAGUCAAACGCUCUCUGAACCUCACCGGUACGCACACCGCCUUUCCCCGCUCCUCGUUCGUCUCGUGAGCCUCCCAUCGUUGAACCUCACGACCCUGGACCUCGGUUUUUGCAAGGGCGUUUCGAACUUUGCCCUGCAGCGCUGCGCACACCAUCUAAAGUCCCUUCUGAACCUGAAUCUGGCCGGCGGUGGCCGCAGCGAGAUCUGUGUGAUCAAGAUCGCGACCGAGUGCAGGAAGCUGAAACGCUUAGGACUGGGCUGGAACUCGGCCGUCACAGAUUUCUGCAUCCGCGAGGUUGGACGGUGGUGCACCGAGCUGGAGUGGAUCGAUUUGAGUGGAUGCUAUGGUGUGGGUGACGCCGGUGUCGUCUGGCUCGUCCGUGGACUGACGGCGUCUAUAUCGAAUGCUGGCAUGCAGCCUGCUACGGUCAAGUUCAGCGGUGCAGUACGGAGAGCCGUUUCGCCAAGCUCGCCCAGUGCAGCUACUACCCUUCUUCCCCUCCCGCCGCCGCCCUCCUUUCCACCACCUCCCUUCCUGCGUCAACACGAAACAUCCCCAUCAUCGCAACCAACAGCGUCGAGCACUACCCAUCAAAUCAUGUGCACCAGCCUGACUCCCACCUUCGUCCGCCACCCGACCACAAAACUUCGCCACAUCAACCUCUCCUACUGCCAAAACAUCACCGCGACCGCCGUGUUUGAAAUCAUCGACAAGUGCCGCGCGUCCAUUGGUGUCAUCAACAUGGUCGGCUGUGGCGACGUGGCGGCUAUCAGGUGUGAGAUUAGCGGUGGUGUCGAAGCGGUGCCGACAUCCUCGUCGUCACAGCCGUCGCAGAUGAAUGGUAAUGGAGGAACCCCGGUUACGCCAGUCAUCACUCCCGCUCUUAUUACGCCGGACGGCGUGUUCACCACACCGACUUCCCGUCCUGCCACCAUACAUGACACAUCUGCUACUACACCAUCCACACCAUCCACACCGACCCCGCCGACGACACAUCACCACAACCAUCACAACAGUCACCAACAACCGGCGUCGCUAGAUAUUGGCCGCCUGCUGCAUGGCACGCCGGACGGCCGCCGCGUGCUGGUCGAUGUGCCGGGCUUUGUACCCUUUUGGAGUGGGAUUGGGAUCUGAGGAGUCUGUCAGGCCAUCUGGAGUGGAGGUACAUCAACUUGAUGGAAGGGAUGGGUGUAUAUUUCGCGUGGAAAUGUGUGUCAAGAUAUGACGUCGUGAAGAGUUUUGGAAGUCACACGGCGUAUAUGCACAUCCCGUACCCGCCUCCUUUUUACCUAUAUGAAAUAGCUGGAU